AUGAAGAUUGGUCCCCUCUACCGCGUUGGCACCUUCGGCUCGCCCAAAUACCUCGGGCGGAAGAAGGCGUUGCUCAUCGGGAUCAACUACGACUCUCAAGAGUCGCCUUCGGACACGGAUUUCGUCCAGCUAGCCGGGCCCCGCGCAGACGCGCUCGAGUUUCGCAAACUCUUGCUUGAGAAAUACGAGUACGAGGAAGACAACAUUGUACUGCUGACAGACGACGCGGCACACAGCGCGGUUCUGCCGACGCGACACAACAUUAUAUCCGAAAUCGAGCAACUCGUCCGCGGAGCGCGUGCCGGCGAUCGUUUCGUCUUCCUCUACUCAGGCCAUUCGGGCCAGAUCGCCUGCCUGGAGCACAGCGAGACUGACGGUCUCGACGAGGUUAUCCUUCCCAUGGACCACGCGGGGCUGGAUAGGAAAGACAAGCUGAUCGUCGACAACGAUCUGAAGAAGCUGCUUGUCGAUCCCCUCCCACCGGGUGCCUAUCUGACGGCUAUUUUUGACUCGUGCCAUUCGGGGACGCUGCUCGAUCUGGAGCACUACGACUGCAACCAGGUGUACCAUCCGUGGAUAUCAAAGGGCGAGCGGAAGAUGCGGACACGGUGGUUGAACAACGUCCGCAAGGAUGCCACUGACGAGCCUGCCGUGCGCGUUGUGCAGCGGCGCGCCUCCACUGGCCCCGGGCAUUCCAGCCUGCGGAAAGAAGUCACGCUCAGCGAGCUCACCGACCUCGAGGCGUCGAUCGCGCCGCCGCCUGGGAAGCCCAAGUUCGGCUCGCUGAAACUCCGCACGCGGCAGAGCGCGCCCGUCGGGCGCAAAUGCUCCUCCACCUCGUCGUCCACGUCCGCAGCAUCGGCCCUGGAGGCCGUCCGCCCACGUCUCGCGCUGAACCUGCGGAGGCUGUCGACAGAUGUGUUCGAUUCCGCGCUGGAGUUCAUCCCCCGCUGUAUGUCGCCAGUGUCGUCGGUGAGGGAGUGUGACGGGAACUGUGUGGAGAGCCCGACGGAGAAGCCGCAUGUUAUCUCGCUGGCUGCAUGCGCGGACACACAGGUUGACUGGGAAGACAAGACGGGGAUGUCGAUGACGCAGAUGCUCAUCCAGAAGCUGCGCGAGAACCCGCAUCCGAGCCUGGGCGAGCUGAUGACGUUCAUCAGCUACCGGCGGUACGACGUGUCGCGGCAUGUGCACGCGUUCGGGAACAAGCUGCGGAAAAAGGGCAAGAGGCUGCAGAAGGCGCGGGCGGCGGCUGGAGGUGCGCCGGCGGGGGAUGACGACACGAUCGUGGAUGUACCAGUCGAGGUGGUGAAUUUCCAGGAUCCUCAGCUCGGGAGUCAAGAAAAGCUGAACAUGGACGCGCCUUUUACGCUAUAA